UAUUUACGGGACGUCAAACUGGCCAGUUCAGUUCGAUUUUCAAAUUUUAAAAACUAAGCCGUGCGCUGGCUGAAAAGAAAAGUUCCUACGCGAUAUAAAAAGUAAAAGCGCGGGUUGAUUUUAAAGUUACAAUUUACAAUAUUUUGAGGUUAGAAAGAACAAUGUUGAAAACAAUAAUAAUUCUUUCUGCGUUACUGGUGUGCUGCUACUGUGAAGAUAAUUCGUUGAUAGACGAGGCGAGGGCGAAAAAGAAGAAAAGUAUGGCACGACUUUGGGUCAUGAUCAUCCUCUUCAUCUUCUCCAAAGUGGCCGUUCUCAAGGUCGUCUCCGCGUUUCUCUUCAUGGCCUUCUUCCAAAAGUUCUGCUACAUCAUAGGCCUCGUCAUCAGCUCCUUCAUGAAGAACCGCGAAGCUAUGAAACCAGCCCCGUCUACCCUUUACGGACCCCCGGCUGACUACAACACUAUAGGGUACAGUUAUGGACCCCCUGAGAGCGAACCGUUUACGAACCCUGAACAUUCUGGAACAGGGUUCCCGGAUUUGGGAAAUUUUAAUUGGCCUUUUAAGAGGAAUUAGAAAGAAUCAUGUAGCCAUAGAUAAUUAAAUAAGUAUUUAUUGUAAUAAAUGUAAGUUUUUA